AUGGCCGACGGCCAUAACUAUCACCCCUCCCCACCGCCCGACCCUCAAUCCUCACACCUCACCGACCAUACCUUCAGCUCCUCCUCGACCUUCGUCACCUCCCCUCUCUCACAUGUUCUUCAACGACCCGGCUACCAGCGUGUGAGCUCGGCGCAAGAGAUGGACACAUCCUACAGAGGAGCAGCGGCCCAAGACGAAGAGGGUCCGGACAGAGACUCCGUUCAUGGCUUGCGCAUACAAUUCCCCGAUCACGACGAAGACAAGCUAGCAUUUGGCGCCUCCGUUCACAAGGACGACUCAAAUGCCUCAGAUCUUCUUUCCCCAUCAUCUGCGCGCGGAGUCAGGUUUGGCUCCAAAGCUUGGGGAGAUUCGCCCCCAAUCGACGAUCAACACAACGGACGUUACUCCCCCGUCUCUCAAUUCAAUAGCCCGUACGCUGCAGAUUCGGAGAACGAUCCUUUGCGAAGAGAAAGGGCAUCUACCAUGGGCACCCUACAAUCACCAGGAGCCUUGCUCUCCCCGACCCAGCCUCUGUGCAGGUCGAAGAAAUCACUAUACCAAGGACGUAUGAGCUGGAUAUCCGUAUCAAUCCUGUUGCUCUCAAUCUACUCCACCAUCUUCUCCGCCAUUUGGCUGGGGCUCGCAGCUUCUAAGCUGUCCUAUCACAAGACUGUCAUGAACAAAGGCCCUCUACCUCCUACUACAGCUUCUCUCCUCGCCAACUUCUUUGCUAAGACCAUUGAGUUAUCAUUCGUCACGGUCUUCGUCACUGCUUUAGGCCAAAUCCUUGGCAAAAUUGCAUCCACAAAAGGCUCAAGAGGCAUUACACUGGCUGACAUGCAUAUGAGGGUAUGGAUCCAGCAGCCAGGAACCAUUUUCACCCACUGGGAGACUGUACGAUAUGGAGGCCUUACAUUCCUUGGUGCCAUCACAUUGUCGUCGACCAUCUUGUCAAUGCUUUACACAACUGCCUCGGACGCUCUGGUGACACCACACCUGCGGUAUGGACGUCUAGAGAGACGGCCUCUCUUAAGCAACGUGACUACAGUAUUUGCCAAUCAAUCAAACCAAGUCGAGCGCUGCAAAAUGCCCAUCGGUGCUUCGGAAGAUGAUCCCUGGAUCCUUGGGCAGACGUGCACGGAAAUUGAACAUUCGGGUCAGGCCUACCACAAUUAUGUACAGUAUCUCGAGAGCUGGGAUGCCUGGGUUAAAGCCGGUGGGAGAUCAACCAAAAUGAAAGAGCGACCUAUGCCAGUUGGCUUGCUGUAUGACAACACAACAGUCACUGGCAGUUGGGUCGAGGAAUCGGAUGUGCCAGCUCAAUCCGCCCAGUAUCAACGCAUUAUCAACAACGUGACGUUAGCUAUGCCGCUGACAGCUGUGUUCGGGGCUGCGCGUUUAGAACGGAAUAGUAUCAUGCAGCCCAUAGACUUCAACGGCCUCGGUGAAUAUCACAUCCAAGCCUCAGUCCCUUCCCCAACGAUCAAUGUCUUAUGUGCCGAAAUGACCGAAGACGAACUCGCCCCAAUUGUCUUCAACGAGUAUCCUCAGUAUAAAGGCACCGUUUUCAAUUUUACCGAGUAUGCGGGAGGUGAGAACAGUUCCAUCCCCAAACUCAACGGCGAAUCAAAAUGGUCCGACUUCAACACUACCAAAGUCGACGAUAUAUUUCAGUGGGGCGAGGACCACAAUCGCAAGCGGCCAGUCUUUCCAAAGAUUCCAGACCCCUACCAAACAGUUUUCAAUGGCAGCAAUCAACAGAUAGACUCGACCAUUGACUCAGUAUACGUCCUUGCAACAGCCAACACGACCGCUCAGCCUCCUGGGCUCCCUAUUCGCCAACCAUAUAUGCUCUGCUCAAUACGCUCCUCCAUGUCCAUAAACUGCUCUACCGAAUAUCAUGCCUCCAAAGGUGGCGGUAACAUGACCACCCGUUGCGAAGAUCCGCACGACCCGAGCGCUUACCACAAAAACGGCAACGUCUCCCUUGCAGGCUCCUUCAAUAAUCAAAAUUGGACAGACGUCGCGAAUCGCUGGGCCAUAACUACCUCUCUCGGCGCAGGUGCUACCGGUGAUAAAGCUGCCAACGCUCGCCUCCUAACCCAAUUCCAGCCCACAGGGCGCUCUCUGAAUGAAACACGCGCCUCGAUCGCCGAAGCUCUCGCCGUCCUAGCCGGCUGCACCCUCAUUCUCUCCGGCAUCGACUCCCCUGUUGUCCCACAUUGGAAUAUCGGUAAUCUCACUGAUCCAGCAUCCCUCGGCUUACAACCGUUCAACGCCACAGUCCGCUCCCAGGAGUACUUCUCCGGCGGGACGCAGACCUGGCAGGGCAUGUUCUACAUCGUGCUCGUGGGCACCUUCCUCCUCAACGUCUUCUGCCUUCUCUACUUCCUCGUCGUACACGGCAUCAUCGCCGACGGCCUCAUGACUGAUUUCAUGGAACCGCAGAACCUAUUCGCGUUGGCUGUUAACAGCCCUCCCUCUCGUGCGCUCGAAGGCACUUGUGGUGGAGGACCCGAAAGAGGGGAGUUGGUCACGAACUGGCAUGUUGAUAAGGAUGAGAGGAGGGGGCAUUAUUACAUACACAGCCAUGACGAGCCUGAUGAGGGAAUGUGGAGAAGAGGACCAAGAGCUAGGGGGCAAGGUUGA